UAAACGCUAGCGUACGAAAUAAUGUCCCUGUACAUUACAUAAUCUUCAAUUCAUGACGGUUAUAAACAAUACUUCCUUUUAGUUUUGUAAAAGAAGGAAAAUAAACAAUAAACACAGAAAUUAAAGUUGCCGGAAUCCAAAGAUCUGGAAAAUAAUCGGAAUUAGACUGUGAAAAUUUUAAAGUUCAUGUUCUAAGGCGUACACAAUCGUAAUGUUAAGAAGUGUUCGUUUCAAGAAUUUCGUUCACUUCAAAGAAGAACAGUUUCUGGACUUUCAGGGUGCCGGUCCUUUCAUUUUCAUCGGCGAAAAUGGCGCAGGAAAGAGUUCUGUUUUGGAGGGAAUACGACGGUGCUUAAAGACAGAGUUAAGUACUUCAGUCUCGUCAUCAUUUGAGAAUGACAAGUUAUCGUAUUUUAUAUGCAUUUAUGAGACUGACCGGAUAAAGAAAGGGAAUGAUGCUGGAUCGUUAACGAAAAAGAAUGACGCUGACCCGUUAAAGAAAAAGAAUGAAACUAAUCCACUAGAGAAGGAGACUGACACUGACCAGUUAAAGAAGGAGAAAGACACUGAUCCGUUAAAGAAAGAUUAUGAGACGGCUCCGUUAACAAAAGAGAAUGAGACUGGCCCGUUUAUGAAAGAGAAUGAGACUGACCCAUUAAUGAAAAAGAAUGAGAUCGAUCCUUUAAUGAAGAAGAAGAAGACGGACCCAUUAAUGAAAGAGGAAGAGACUGACCCAUUUAUCAAAAAGUAUGAGACUGACUCGUUAAUGAAAGAGAACGAGACUGACCCAUCACUGAAAGAGAAUGAGACUAACCCGUUAAUGAAAGAGAAUGGGACUGACCCGUCACUGAAAGAGAAUGAGACUAACCCGUUAAUGAAAGAGAAUGGGACUGACCCGUCAAAAACAGAGUAUGUCAUAUGCGGGUUUGUUGUUAUUCCAGAUGGAAUAGCAGUAGAUUAUAUGGCCUCUUCACACAUUUCUGUUACAGAAGGUACCGAAAAUAUUUCCAAUAAAAACGUGAUUAAAGAAAGUAAAGACGGGAACGAAGCUUUACUUACAAAGCUGGACAAAGAGAUAGAAAGUGAAAGGUCUGAGACCGGAAUAUAUAAUAUAAAUGAAAAUACUGUCAACGGACUAACAUAUCCCGAAAGUUCAAAGUCUUUAGAAAAUGUGAGUCUGAGAAAACAUAGGACAUACUACAAAUUUUCUAUGUACUAUCCCGAAAGGAAUGAGCCCAUGCAAAAACAUCUUCUCCGUGUAAAUACAGCUAAUCGUCGCUUACAUGUACAUGCCGUCAAAACACUGGAUUUGAAUGAAAACGUCGACUUUAAGCAGAAGUUCAUAGACGCUAUCUUCAAAAAUACACAAAAUAUCGAUGAAUAUGUCGAGCCAUUUUUGCUAACAGAACUAAACCCCGCAAAGCUUGAAGUAAGUAUCGAGGAGUCUGAAAACGAAGAUGGCCCAUUAGACUUAUUAACAAACAGGAUUGUAUUUACGUUUCCUCUCCGUUCAAUUGGUCCAUUACAGUGGUCAGAAAGUGAGCGCAUUAGACACGAUAAACGAGAAGAAAACUACGCUGAAGCAGAGAAAAGAUGUGAAAUUAUUAAAAGCUUUCUGAAGGAUAGGAACCAAACACGAUUUGAUAGAACCAGGGAGCAUCAAAUAUUCAAUGCAUUAACAAAGUCUGAUGCGUACGUUUUUGAUCUGAGUGAUGACAGCAGUGACAGUGACAGUCACUUGCGUUUGAAUGGUGAAAUGUUCGCCUUGCUGAAAGCCCCUGAAGGCAUUUUAGAGGCAAAGGCCUUUUCCAUUCUUAUGUCUGGUAAACAGUACAAAACAAUAAUUCUUGAAGAGCCUGACAGAGGAAUGCAUCCCCAAUUGAUUGAAAGAAUGGUGCACUUGAUUAAACAAUGUCAAAGCGAUAAACGUGUUAUUCUUACAACGCACAAUACGGCAUUCAUCUCGCCAUGGUCUUUAUCAGACUGUUUCGUUUUUAGGCGGACUAACAAAGAGUGUUGUAUAGUUCCUGGAAAGGCUAUUACUAAGGACACCAAAAAGCCUAAAAAAGACAGGAUCUUUAUGAAAAAGUUAAGACUUCUCACAUCUGAUCACUUAUCAGAUAUAUUAUUUGCAAAAAAAGUCCUGUUUUGUGAAGGAGAUUCAGAUUUUCUAUUCCUAACUGAACUAAAACAUCAAAUUCUGUCCGGGGAAGCCAAACAAAUACACAUUUUCAAAGGGGAUAUAUUUGACUACACGAAACUUGAAGACUCUCUUAUUGAACUCACAAUCAUAAAAAUGAAUAGCAAAGACAAUACUGGAAUGUGUCAAACAGUUAGUAAGAUAAUAAAACUAGAUGCAAUUUUUCUCCUCGACAAAGCGACUGGAGAAAGAAAAGAAAAACACAAAGACGAAAAGAACGUUUUCUUUUGGGAAGACGGUGAUAUAGAAGACAUGAUAAUUGAAAUGUGUAAGUGCAAUGACAAUUUAAUAACCGAACUUAGUGGUCAAAAUGUUACUGUAAAUCCUAAAAAAUUGCACAAGACGAAGAAUCCAAACGAAAAACUGUUUCUGCGAGAUGACGUUACAAUAGCAAACGUAAGAACAGCGGUUUAACUUAUUUUAGAAAAGUGCAAUCCUGAAAGUGAUCUGGUUUCUUUCAUCAAAUUCUUGUACUUGGGAAAAGCCUAACAUUGCACAUAAAUUCAUUUCAUAACAAGUAUGCUGUAAACUCGAAUCAAUCCUAGAGAGUAUGUGACAUGUUGUUAUGUUCUUAUAAUUAUACGUGAUGCAAAUAGCUCAUGCCUAAAGCAGGUGUACUGAGAGUCGUAUUUCUUAAUAAUGUUGCCGUGUUGAGCGGUUUAGAUGCCCGAUGUUGAAGAUACAUAAAACUUGGCUCAACAAGGAAAGAAACAUACAUGAAGGUGAUCAAUUAUUACAGCUCAAGUAAAUUACAGAAUAUAAAACUGUGAUAAGUAUUGUUGCAGACCCGAGCAGUAAAGACAGAGAAACAUGUCAUAUCUGAUUAGAAAUAUAAAGUUAAAAGCGAGUUCAUGUACGAUGAUGAGUUAUAGCAAGUGUCAUAAGUGUAUUGUAUUCCUGAAGAAAACGACUAAUUUCAAUAUGGAAAUUUACGUUUCAUAUACAGUACAGUAGUUUAUUUUCAGUCAUUGCAUUGUUAUAAUGAGAUUAAGAGCAUGUUGGAAGAAAACAGAUGAACAUUUUAAAUAAAUAUAUG